CUCCCUCGCACUUUCUCGCAUCUUCAUCGUUUUCUCUUGCCACUUAGCGAUACCACUGUUGUUUAGUUGUUGCACAUCACAUUCUUCAAAAUGGCCUCUCCUCAGCAGAUCCGUACUCCCAUCACCGAUCUUUUCAAGAUCAACCACCCCAUCUUCCUGGCCGGCAUGAACGUCGCUGCCGGCCCCAAGCUGGCUGCUGCCGUUACCAAUGCCGGCGGUCUCGGUGUGCUCGGUGGUAUCAACUACACUCCCGACAUGCUUCGCGACCAGAUCGACGAGCUCAAGUCCCACCUGAAGGACAAGAACGCUCCCUUCGGUGUCGAUCUCCUCCUUCCCCAGGUCGGUGGUAACGCCCGCAAGACCAACUACGACUAUACCAAGGGCAAGCUUAACGAGCUUAUCGACAUCAUCAUCCAGUCCGGUGCCAAGCUCUUCGUUUCCGCCGUCGGUGUACCCCCCAAACACGUCGUCGACAAACUCCAUGCCCACGGCAUCGUCUACAUGAACAUGAUCGGCCACCCCAAGCACGUUAAGAAGUGCCUCGACCUUGGUGUUGACAUUAUCUGCGCACAGGGUGGUGAGGGUGGUGGUCACACCGGUGACAUUGCCACCACCAUCCUCAUCCCUGCCGUCGUCGAGGCCUGCAAGGGUGCCAUUUCUCCCCUCACCAAGAAGGAGGUUCUCGUCGUCGCUGCCGGUGGUAUCCACAGCGGUCCUCUUCUCGCCUCGGCCCUCAUGAUGGGCGCUUCCGCCGUCUGGGUUGGUACCCGCUUCGUUCUCUGCGAGGAGGCCGGUGCCUCCGAGGCCCACAAGGAGGCGGUCCGCACCGCCAGUUUCUCCGACACCAUCCGCACCCUCAUCUUCACCGGCCGUCCCCUCCGUGUCCGCAAGAACCCCUACAUUGAGAACUGGGAGACGGAGCGCGCCCAGGAAAUCAAGGAGCUUACCUCCAAGGGCAAGCUCCCCUAUGAGGCUGACCUCGACAAGCUCAUGUCCGGCGCUGCCGAUAUCCCCCAGGCCAUGAAGGAUGCCUACAAGGCCGACAACGGUAGCGAAGAGGUUGAUGUCGAUGACCUCCUCGACCACUUCCAGCCCUUCCUCAUGGGCCAGUGCGCCGCCGUGUGCAACGAGAAGAAGAACGCCAAGCAGAUCGUUGACGAGUUCAUCAACGACGCUGUUGCCGUUAUUCGCAAGGGCAACUCCUUCAUCACUGUCCCAUCCAAGCUAUAAAACAAAGCGUUGGUGCUUCUGGUUUUGUUUGUCUGAAUUGGCGGUUUCCCUAAAGGUGCCUAGUUUGUUGGCUAGCAUAUACCACCCUCGCAUACCCUAUAUGUAUUGAUAGCUUUGGCGCUUGGUUUUCUUUUUUUGGUCCUUUACUUUGCUUUUCUGGUUAUGAGGAAUAUGACACGAGUUGUGAAUCAUCUUUAUGUUCUGCAUCUGAUUCAACAUGAUUUAG